GAGGCGAGAGAGAGAGCGGAGAUGCGGGAGGAGGUCAGGAGCUCGUCGGGGGCGGUGCCCGAGCAGCAGUUCGCCGUCGUACGGUCGUCGUCGCCGCCGCCCACCCCGGUCGCCAGCUCUGCUGGAGCCUCAUCACCUGCUAUGCAAAUUAAUAUAGUAAGCAUAGAUUGGUUGGGUAGCAAACAAGCUUCCAGGGUUGAUUCCUCAUCACAAGUUGCACCACAUGCCUAUGGGCCUGCUCAUAGCUUUGAUGCUGUUGGAACUGCUUUGGAUUCUGCACCAUCUUGUCGACCAUGGGAGCGUGGAGAUUUACUUCGUCGACUGGCAACAUUUAAGCCUUCAACUUGGGAUUCUAAGCCGAAGGCUGCUAGUUCCUUGUCUUGCGCUCAAAGAGGCUGGGUGAAUGUUGAUAUGGACAAAAUUGAAUGUGAAUCAUGCGGUGCACAUCUUAUAUUCAGUGUGCUGACAUCCUGGUCCCCAGCUGAAGUUGCAAAUGCUGGAGAAGCCUUUGCGGAGCAGCUUGAUGCAUCACACAAGAAUAGUUGUCCCUGGAGAGGCAGUAGCUGUGCUGAUAGCCUUAUUCAGCUCCACCUUACACAGUCAGCGCUUAUUGGAGGUUUUAAAGAUCGUUGUGAUGGACUUCUACAGUUUCUCUCUCUUCCUGUGAUUGCUUCAUCUGCAAUUGAGAAUAUGAGGUUGACCAGGGCUGCUCAGAUUAACCGCCUAUUAACCCAAUCAAUUAGCUUCUUAUCUGGGGAACUUGGUUACAAAGCUGACAGUACACCAGGAGUUGACAUCCAUCAAGGUUCCUCUUGUGGCUACUCGCGAGCGCAGAAGCUUAUAAGCCUUUGUGGAUGGGAGCCUAGGUGGCUUCCAAAUGUUCAGGACUGUGAAGAAAAUUCAACCCGCUCGGCUAAACAUGCACUUUCAAAUGAACCAGACGCACAUCAGAAAAGUUCAUUCUCGGAAUCAGCCAAGAAAGAUAAAGGAAAAGGCAAAAGACCCCUCAAAGAUUCUGGAUGCAGCAUGAGCUCCCCUUUAUUAGACUGUAGCCUGUGUGGAGCUACAGUUAGGAUCUGGGACUUCAGAUCUGUGUCACGUCCUCAUUUUAGCCCAAAUAGCAUUGAUGCGCCAGAAACAGGCAAAAAGUUAACCCUGACACGUGGAAUUAGUGCAGCCAGUGGGAUCAAUGGAUGGGUUAAUGAUGGGGUGGUAAGAGAUCAAGCUGAAGGGCGUGAUGAAGCGGCAACUUAUGAGGGAAAAUUACUAUCAAAUGCUGGAGUAGACCUGAGUUUAACGAUGGCUGGAGGACUACCGCCAAUUCAUUCUGCAGUGCCUGUUGCAUCUGAGGGCUUUAAUGGAGGAAUGGGAAGAGAUCUGAUGAUUGCACAGCCCACUGGAAGUGAAGUUGGUGAUCGUGCAACGUCAUAUGAGUCUCGGGGUCCAAGCUCGCGGAAGCGUAACCUUGAGGAAGGUGGGAGCACUGCUGACAAGCCACAAGACGGGGUUCAACAUGCUGACAGCAUAGAAGGAACUGUUAUCGAUCGUGAUGGUGAAGAAGUUGAUGAUGACGUGCAAGAUUCAGACAUCCAGAAUAAAAGAUCCCGUGGGUUCAACUUUUUUGACGCCAAUCUUCCAUCUUGUUCUGGAGCGGGACCUAGUAGAAACCUCUGCAUUGACAAUGAUGUAGAUACCAGUAUAUUCGGUCACUCUAGAGCUGUUGGUCUAGGUCCUGUUGAGCAUCCAUCUGCUAGAGAUUCUAUGAGGGCAUCUUCUGUUAUUGCAAUGGAUAUUCGAAGCGCUGAUGAAGAUUCGAUGGAGAGCGUUGAGUACCAUCCAGAUGCUGGUAUUGAUAUUAACAUGCCUUCAUCUAGUGGGUACAGGAAUAUUGAAAUGAAUGAUGCCUUUGAUCUCAACGAUAGCAACCAAGCACAGCAAAGUGCUUGUGCACAGCCUGCUGCUGGAAGUGACGGAAGGGAGAUAGGAGGAAGCAGUACAAAUGAAGGGGAGGAAGUACUUAAUGCAGGCACGACUUCUGCUUUUGCAAGGGAUCAACUUAGCUUAGGAAUUAGUGGUGGGAGUGUUGGCAUGGGUGCUAGUCAUGAGGCGGAAAUUCAUGGCAUUGAUGUUUCUGUGCAAAGAACUGAGAGUGUUGUAGGCGAUGCAGAACCUAUUACUGACCUUACUGAGACAAUGGGUCAUACAGGCGAAUCAGUUCCAGGACCUGGAUUGAUGGAUGAGUUUGUACCUGAAGAAGUUGACCGGGAAGUAAAUCAUGGAGACAGCCAAGACGUAGUGUUCCGUUCAGCAGGGCGUGCUGACAGUGGAUCAAAAAAUUAUGGUUGUAAUAAAGCUGAUUCUGGUGAGAGUGGAAAAAAGAUAGGACGUGCCAUUGGUCAUGAAAGCACCAUGCAUCCUUCCCUGUCUUGCAAUGCUGUGAUGUAUAACGGUUUUGAUGUGUUUAAAGAGGAAGUGACACAGGCUGGCAAAGUACCGACUACAGAUGAUGUGUUAAUGGGGUUAGAUUAUGAUCCGCAGAAUGAGUUAGGAGCAACAAAUGGAGAAAAUGACUAUGAACCAGGUCUUCCAGAUUUUGAUCCAAUCAAGCAUCACAAAAGUUACUGUCCAUGGGUAAAUGGAACUGUUGCAGCAGCUUGCUGUUACGAUGCUAGUUCCAGCUCAAGCAGUUCAGAACUUUCUGGUUGGCAGCUAACAGUAGAUGCGCUUGAUACAUUCCAGUCUCUUGGUCAAAACCAAACAAUGCAGUCUGAAUCUGCGGCCUCGCUAAAUAUGGAUGAUCAAGUAGCUUCUAACCGUAAGCUGGCAAGAAGGUCUUCAGUUAGCAAAAGCCAUGGGAAAUGUUGAGCAAAGCUCCAUCAUACCCAGCCAAGCUAGUUUCACCUUCUUCUCAAACAUGAAUAGCAUCCGGCCAAGUUCAAGAUCCAGACUGGGGCAUCUGGGUGCUUAAUAACAUGCAGUGCUGUUGCUGCCUGAUGUACCCUUUCUAAAUUAGGUUGGGCGUCGGAGGAAGAAAACCAGUUAAUAAUCCAUGUCAGCUAGUCUGUAGAUUGUUGUCACCUAUGGUUGCACAUAAUCUGGCAAUUUGAUAUAUGUUCCAGUUAUUCCGGAAGAGUUGAUUCAACUCUGAACGUCACCCUCCAUUCCAAAAGGAACAUUUGCAGAAUUGGCAAGUGAGUUGAUUA